AUGGAAUAUCCUCCUCAAUAUCAACAAGCCCACGGGCAACACCCACAUGCUCCCACUCAUAUCCCCGGUCCUUAUCAAACCGGGCCACCAAACGCCGGUCCUCCUGUUGGGUCGAUGGCCUCGCCUACUAACGCCCAGGCACCCAUCCAACCUCACUCAACCCACCAAUCCUCUCCCAUUGUUCCGUCGCAACCUCAUUAUCAACAAGCACAGAAUGGACCCGGAGCUGUUCAUCAACAAAUGAACUUUCCCCAGGGCUAUGGUGUCCCCGCGCCCAUGGCUCAGGGCUACGGCAUUUCGCCAACGCAGGCUGCUGCGAUGGCUACUGCAGCUGCGUCUGGGCAGUUCUAUCCUCUUCACCAGGACUCCAUGGCCGGCCAGAUGUCUCAGGGCUCCCGAGCCUCACCGCGCAUGGCGAGCAUGCAAAUGAAGCAGGACCGUGACCCCCGUUCCCCCCCACAGAUGCAAAACCAGAUGCCUCCAAUGGGAUCGCAGGUUCAGAUGCCCCCAAACCAGCAACUUCAACGUCGCAUGAGCCAUGUCGGUAGCCCCAACGUCCAGAGCGCACAGCCCGUCAUGAGCCAUGUCGGCCGGACCCCCAUUGCUGCACCACUUCCCCAGGCUCCCGUACAACAGAACCAGCCCUCACCCGACAUGGUACCCGGCGGCAAUCAAGAAGAGUCGCCACUAUAUGUGAACGCCAAGCAGUUUCACCGGAUUUUGAAGCGCCGCGUCGCCCGACAAAAGCUCGAGGAGCAGCUACGUUUGACAUCAAAGGGGCGCAAGCCUUAUCUGCACGAGUCACGACACAACCACGCCAUGCGAAGACCCCGUGGACCCGGUGGACGUUUCCUGACUGCAGAUGAAGUGGCUGCCAUGGAGAAGCGAGAAGAAGUAACGGGUCAGCCUGUUACCUUUGAGGAUCUUAGCAAGCCGUUGCCAACCGAGAACGGUGGCAGUCUGAAGCGCAAGUCAAGUGAAGUCCACGGCGACGGCUCGAAUUCUUCCAAGAAAACGAAGGCCAACGCCAGCGCCGACGGAAGCGAGGGGGACUCCGCCGAGGCCUCGGAUGAGGACGGCUAA